AUGGCGAAUGAUACCUCGGGUUUCUCUCCCGAUUCAUUUCCAUUCUCGCCCAUGACACCAACUAGGAAGAAAGCAGCGUACGCAGUAACUCCAUUGACCUAUGACAAUUACGGCAGUGUGACUCUACCAUCUAGUCGUAACAUGCAACUACACAAAUCUCCCGACAAUAUCAAACUUCGAUUGCCAGGAACUUCCACCUCUACAAAGAGACUACCCCGCCCAAUUGCAUUGUUUCAGACGCCACCGAGAAUGUUGAAAGCUCUACGAAAUCCCACCAUCACACCCGAACCAGACACAUUCCUGGAGAGCCCUCCUCGCCGAGAGGCAUCCAAAUCAAAAAAGACCUGGAUCUCCUCAUUUUUUGAGAAUGCGGAAUAUUGUGACGGAUGCUCUUGCAUGGACGGAAGUGCUACAACGGCAGCAGCCGACAACAGGGCACCAUGGUCUGUGCGAUUGACAGAGGAUUUGUUGCAGCAACAUGACCAAACUUCGCCCUUGAGGCAGACACCGUCCAUGGUGCCUCAUUUUGCAGGAGACAAGCUUGCCAAGACGGUGAUUCGAAAGAAAACGCAGCAUGAACUCGCCAAGGAACGUAGGCAACGUGCCAAGAUGGAACUAAGUCAUGUGCAAUCGUCGGUUGAGGAACACCGCUACAACCAGAUUGAAACAGUCUUGCAACCACUCAAGAAGAAGAAACAUAACAAGCAACGAGAAUGGCUGGAAACUGAACGAGAAAAGGCAUUAUCAGCGAAAUGGCAGCGCAAAAAGAGAGAGCAGAAGGAUCGGAUGCGGACGGAGCAGCUACGUUGGUCAGAGCUGGAACGCCAACGCAACUUGAGGGCGGUCGAGAUCCGUGGCGAACAACGCACCAGGCAGCCACCAGUAGCGGAAGAAAUGAUCUCAACCAACCCCAUGACUAAGGUCAAGCGAUGGUCUAGUAGCCCUCAAAUUGUCUCUCCAGAAACCACCCCCAACACUCAGCGGAGCAGUUCCAAGAAUCUGAUUCUGAUCUGA